AUGUCGAGCGGCUUGCCAUUGCCCGAACCAUCCAAGAGCGUGGUUAUCGACACUGCUUCGCUUUCCUCUUCCUCCUCAGCAUCAGUGUGGGACAGAAUCUCGAAAUGGGUGUCGGAGAAUAAGGCUCUCGUCUACACCAUUGCGGGAGUUGCCGUGGUUGUGACCAGUGCUGGUGUCGUCUACUACCUUUCCGACUCAAGUCGACCUGGCCAAUCCUCUCAUACUCCAGAGAAGAAGAAGAGCAAGAACCAGAGACGCAGGGAAAAGAAAAAGGCCGAGGAGGAAAAGAAAGCCAAGGCUUCCUCUGUUCAAGAUGGUGCGUCGCGAGAUACAUACUCUAUUUCCGGUCUUAAAUCCGACCACGAACUGAUAAUUGGUUUAGAGCCCGCAGUAAAGAAAGUCGAGGAGCCUUCUGAUGAGAUCCCAGAGGUUGACGAAGCAACAGUUGGACAGUUGGACGAAGAGACGAGAAAAGCAUAUGCUGCGAAGCUGAAGGCGGCUGGUAACAAGGCUUACGGCUCUAAGGACUACAACAAGGCGAUUGAGCUCUACGGCAAGGCUAUUCUUUGCAAACCCGACCCUGUCUUCUACUCGAACCGUGCUGCCUGUUUCAAUGUUCUGUCGGAGUGGGCGAAAGUUGUUGAGGAUACUAGCGCGGCUCUUGCGAUGGACAGCGAGUAUGUCAAGGCUCUGAACAGGAGGGCUAUCGCCUACGAGCACCUCGAGAAGCUUAGCGAGGCUCUUCUCGACUUCACUGCUAGCUGCAUCAUCGAUGGUUUCUCGAAUGAGGUCAGCCGUGUUGCCCUGGAGAGACUUUUGAAGAAGGUUGCAGAAAAGAAGGGCAAGGCUAUCCUGGAAGCCAAGGGCAAUAAGCUCCCCAGCCCGACCUUCGUAUCCAACUAUCUCCAAAGCUUCCGCCCCAAGUCUCUUCCGGAGGGUCUUGACGAGUCUGCCGAUCUCUCCGAAGACUCUGGAAAGGGUCAGCUCCGCAAAGGGUUGCUAGCCAUGGAUCAGAAGACUGGCGACGGUUACGAGGAGGCUUCCGCUGCUUUCACCAAGGCUCUCGAAGUCGGCGAUUUGGGCGAAUUCGAGGCCCUCGCUCUGAACCUGAGAGCCACCUUCACAUACUUGCAGGGAAAUGCUCAAAACGCUUUGGCUGACCUCAACAAGAGCGUUGAACUGGACCCAUCGCUGGUUCAAAGUUACAUCAAACGUGCUAGCUUGCACCUUGAACUGGGCAACAAGGAUGCUGCGGCAGAUGACUUUGAACUUGCAAUCACUCACAACAAGGACGAUCCCGAUAUCUACUACCACCGCGCCCAGCUGCACUUCAUCCUAGGCGAAUUCGCCGAAGCCGCCAAGGACUACCAAAAGUCCAUUGAUCUCGACCGCACCUUCAUCUACUCUCACAUCCAGCUUGGUGUUACACAGUACAAGAUGGGCUCCGUUGCCUCUGCUAUGGCCACCUUUAGGAGGUCCGUGAAGAACUUCGAGGACGUGCCCGAUGUUUACAACUACUACGGUGAACUUCUCUUGGACCAGCAGAAUUUCUCCGAGGCCAUCGAAAAAUUUGACAAGGCCGUCGAGAUGGAGAAGCAGAGUAAACCCUUGGGCAUUAAUGUCCUACCUUUGAUUAACAAGGCCCUUGCCUUGUUCCAGUGGAAGCAUGACUUCCAAGAGGCCGAAAACCUUUGCCAGAAGGCCCUGAUUAUCGAUCCUGAAUGCGAUAUCGCUGUUGGAACUAUGGCCCAGCUCCUUCUGCAGCAAGGCAAGGUCUCCCAGGCACUGAAAUACUUUGAACGGGCGGCGGAGCUUGCACGCACCGAAGCGGAGAUCAUUAACGCAAUCUCCUAUGCUGAAGCCACCCGGACCCAACUGGAAGUACAGGAAAGGUACCCACAACUUGCCGCACGCCUGCAGAGUAUGGGUGCUGGCUUCGGUGGACCUCCUGGCCUGUAA